AUGCCUCACCACGGUCACCACAUCGUGCAUCGGGACCAGGAUCCCUCCAUCCAAACUCUUCCCCACAUGAACUUCCGCUCAUUUGUGGAGGCUUUGAAGAAAGAUGGCGACUUGGUCGAAAUUGAUCGUGAAAUCGACCCUAAUCUUGAAGCCGGUGCCAUCAUCCGCAAGGUCUGCGAGACUGAUGACAAGGCCCCCCUCUUCAAUAACCUCAAGGGUGCUGAUAAGGGCCUCUUUCGUAUUCUGGGAGCUCCCAACUCGUUGAGAGCUGAUCCUAAGACUCGUUAUGGUCGACUGGCUCGCCACCUGGCCCUCCCACCCACGGCCGGUAUGAAGGAGAUCCUCGACAAGAUGAUGUCGGCUGCCCAUCAGAAGCCUAUCCCUCCUAACGUUGUCUCCACCGGCCCUUGCAAGGAGCACGUUCUCAACGCAGGAGAAUUCGACCUUACCAAGCUCCCUGUCCCUCUUCUGCACCAGGCUGACGGUGGUAAAUACAUCCAGACCUAUGGUAUGCAUGUUAUUUCAUCGCCGGAAGGAGACUGGACCAACUGGUCCAUUGCUCGUGCUAUGGUUUACGAUAAGGACCACCUGACUGGGCUGGUGAUUCCUCCUCAGCACAUUUGGCAGAUGCAGCAAAAAUGGAAGGCCAUCGGCAAGGAUGUUCCAUGGUCUCUUUGCUUCGGUGUCCCUCCUGCUGCUAUCAUGGCAGCUAGUAUGCCUAUCCCUGACGGCGUGACCGAGGCCGGAUAUAUUGGAGCCUUUACCGGCCAUGCUAUUGAUGUCGUUAAGUGUGAGAGCAACGACCUCCUUGUUCCGGCCAACACCGAGAUAGUCCUAGAGGGUACUAUGAGCAUCAGCGAGACUGUUCCUGAAGGUCCCUUCGGUGAGAUGCACGGCUAUGUUUUCCCUGGAGACUCGCACCCUUGCCCCCUGUACAAGGUGAACAAGAUCACCUACCGCACUGGUGCUAUUCUCCCUGUCUCUAACUGUGGUCGUCUGACUGAUGAAACUCACACUAUGAUCGGCCCUCUCGCCGCCGCUGAGAUCCACCAGCUCUGCAAGGAUGCCGGCUUGCCCGUCAAGGAAGCUAUGUCUCCAUUCGAAUCCCAGGUCACUUGGGUAGUCUUGCAAAUCGACACCGCGGAGCUUCGCAAACAGAAGACAACAUCUGCCGAGUUCUGCAAGAAGAUUGGUGAUUUGAUCUUCAACCACAAGGCCGGUUACACCAUCCACCGCCUGGUUCUGGUAGGCGAGGAUAUCGACGUGUACAACUGGAAAGAUGUUAUUUGGGCUUUCUGUACCCGUUGCCGUCCCAGUCUCGACGAGUACUUCUACGAGGAUGUUCGUGGAUUCCCGUUGAUCCCGUACAUGUCCCACGGAAACGGUUCUCCUACUGAGGGUGGUAAGGUCGUGUCCGAUGCUCUGAUGCCCUCGGAGUAUACCACUGGCGCCGAUUGGCAGGCAGCUGAUUUCAAGAACUCUUACCCUCAAGAGAUUCAAGAUAAGGUUAAUGCCACUUGGGCUGAGAUGGGAUUCCGCCCUGAUCUCUAG